AUGUUCGCCUUUAAGAAAUCUUUUUAUACCAAUUUUCCUCAACUGCUGGCUGGCGAAGCGGUCGUUGGAGAAUAUGUUCAACGAUUUGCACCGCGCCAUGCAAAAAUCUCAGUCCGCCUUGUCUCAGCAAUUAACAAUUUUAUCAGCAACGCUGCUGUGUUUAGUAUUUACAAGUGUUUGUGGCAUUCAACACUUUCAACGCGCAGGCCAUCGGCAUUUGAAUCUCUUCCAGAGCACAUAUUACGUGGUCGUGACAUUCUCAACAGUUGGCUACGGUGACUUUGUGCCCGACAUAUGGCCCUCACAGCUCUACAUGGUGAUUAUGAUAUGCGUUGCAUUGAUUGUCCUGCCCACACAGUUUGAACAAUUAGCGUUCACAUGGAUGGAACGUCAAAAGCUGGGAGGAAGUUACUCAUCACAUCGAGCGCAAAGCGAAAAACAUGUGGUCGUUUGCUCAACAACGCUCCAUGCUGACACGAUAAUGGACUUCCUUAACGAGUUUUACGCACAUCCGCUGCUGCAAGAUUACUAUGUAGUCCUACUAAGUCCGAUGGAAUUAGAUACGACGAUGCGUAUGAUAUUGCAGGUGCCGAUUUGGGCGCAACGUGUCAUAUACAUUCAGGGAUCGUGCCUAAAGGACGGCGAUUUGGCACGUGCACGCAUGAAUGAGGCGGAAGCCUGCUUCAUUUUGGCAGCGAGGAAUUAUGCGGAUAAGACUGCAGCCGACGAACACACAAUUUUGCGCUCGUGGGCGGUUAAGGACUUUGCCCCAAAUGUACCGCAGUAUGUACAAAUAUUUCGGCCGGAGCACAAACUGCAUGUAAAGUUCGCCGAACAUGUGGUCUGCGAGGAUGAGUUCAAGUAUGCGCUUCUCGCAAACAACUGCACUUGCCCGGGUGCGAGUACCCUGGUUACAUUAUUGCUGCACACAUCACGGGGGCAGGAAGGCCAACAAUCACCGGAAGAGUGGCAUCGACUGUAUGGGAAAUGUUCCGGCAACGAAAUCUAUCACAUCGUUUUAGGUGAUAGCCGUUUUUUUGGUGAAUAUGAGGGAAAGAGUUUCACCUAUGCGAGUUUUCAUUCUCAUCGGAAAUAUGGCGUCGCAUUGGUUGGUGUACGUCCGGCUGAGCUUCCGGAAUUUUAUGAGGAUACAAUACUUCUUAAUCCCGGACCGCGACACAUUAUGAAGAAGGAUGACACAUGUUACUACAUGAGCAUAACAAAGGAAGAAAAUUCAGCAUUCGUCGUUAAUCAAAAUCAAAAUCAAAAUGCGGACCCGGCAACGGGCAAAGAUGGUGCAACAACAAUAUCAACAAUAACAACAACAACAGCACAUGCGGCCCCAGUGCCGUCCGUUUGUGUACGUGUGCCACAUAGUCCGAGUUUUGACUCUGGUGCGGAUACACCUAUUGAAAGGCGUUUAUCCGAUAGUGAAUUUACAACACUUUUUGUGCCAACCGAUAAUCCAACAUCUGUGAUAAUAUCGGAUUCAAAGCAGAAUCUGAAGGAUACAACGGUGACAUCGACAUAUGCAACGCAAGCACCUGCAUCAACGACAACAACAACUUUGACCCCAACAUUACCGAUUGGCAUGUCAAGUGGGUUAAAUCCAAGCAAUAUUGGUGGUGGCCUUAGUGUAACGUCAACAACUCUGACGGUAGGAAAUCAUUUAGAUGUUCCACAAGCAGGAAAUCCCAAUCUUCUUAGUCCAGACGUAUUAAACCAAAGAAGAGGCAGUCGGAGGCCCUCUAUUCUGCCUGUACCCGACAUGUUUACAUCCUCGUCAUUUAGUAUUUCAGGAAAUGAUGAUGGAGAUGAGGGUGAUGAAAGUGAAGAUGAAAUCGAUGAUGAUGUUCCAUGGCGCUCACCAUCUGAAAAAAUUGCCAUUGUGAAAGGCUUUCCGCCGGUGUCACCUUUCAUAGGCGUCAGCCCUACGCUCUGCUAUUUGCUCAAAGAAAAGAAGCCGCUCUGUUGCCUGCAGUUGGCUCAGGUAUGUGAACACUGUAGCUAUCGCAACGCGAAGGAAUAUCAAUGGCAAAAUAAGACAAUUAUACUCGCGGCGGACUAUGCAUCCAAUGGCAUUUAUAAUUUCAUCAUACCAUUGCGUGCGCAUUUUCGUUCCAAGACUUCGUUGAAUCCAAUUAUAUUGCUACUCGAACGUAGGCCAGAUGUGGCAUUUUUGGAUGCACUAUCUUAUUUUCCAUUGGUUUAUUGGAUGCUAGGUUCCAUAGAUUGUCUUGAUGACUUAUUACGUGCUGGUAUCACUUUAGCCGAAAGCGUUGUGGUAGUUAACAAGGAGCUCUCCAAUUCAGCAGAAGAAGACUCCCUUGCGGAUUGUAACACAAUAGUAGCUGUGCAAACCAUGUUUAAAUUCUUUCCAAGUAUCAAAAGCAUCACCGAACUGUCGCAGAGCUCAAAUAUGCGUUUUAUGCAAUUUCGAGCACACGACAAAUAUGCGCUGCACUUAAGUAAAAUGGAGAAGCGGGAGAAAGAACGGGGUUCUCACAUUUCGUAUAUGUUUCGUCUGCCUUUUGCUGCGGGUGCCGUUUUCAGUGCAUCUAUGCUGGAUACCUUACUUUAUCAGGCUUUUGUCAAAGACUAUGUCAUAACAUUUGUGAGACUGCUAUUAGGUAUAGAUCAAGCACCUGGCAGUGGUUUUUUGACAUCGAUGCGUAUUACUAAGGAUGAUAUGUGGAUACGUACAUAUGGACGUUUAUAUCAAAAAUUAUGUUCAACAACUUGUGAAAUACCAAUUGGCAUUUAUCGCACACAGGACACAUCUAAUACGGAUGCAGCACAUGUGAGUAAUUCACCGGUCGAGAGAUGGCGUCCGUUUUCAUCAUUCGGAAAGCACUGUGUGCGCUUGCGACCAUCGUACUCCAUCAACUUGGCAGAUGAGGCACGAGACAAUCAUGCACAGCAGAUCGAGAGAGCAGAGAUAGCUAAUCUGGUACGAAGCCGCAUGGAAUCGCUGAAUUUGCCAACUAUUGACUACGAUGACGUGAGCGAAAAGCGGAAUCAUCUAUCCUAUGUAAUAAUUAAUCCGAGCUGUGAUCUAAAACUGGAGGAGGGUGACGUUAUUUACUUGGUGCGCCCAUCACCUUUCUCAGCGCAGAAGACCUUUGAGCGGCAUAAUUCAAGACGCAAAUCUAACAUAUCUUUUUGUUCCAAUAUCAAUUUGGGUGGCGCUUGCGGACCGAAUGCUGGAGCUGGUGCAGGGUCUCGGCGUGGAUCGGGCAUUGCAGGACUCAACCCAAUGCAGAUGCAGAGCGUUCAGACGUUGGCCGGGUAUGGUUCCCCACGCUGCACGCCGCCAAUACAACAAAUUAAAUCCAAUUCUCUUUCUCUACCCGACAGUCCGACGGUUGUUGGCUCACAGCGAGGAAGGAGUAACUCAUUGCGGAUUGAUAAUGAUAUAUUACUACGUCGCUCUUCGUCGUUGCGUCAAGGCCUGCCCAAUGUGGGUGUAAGUCAUGGCCGACGAAAGUCGUCAUUGGAAGAAAUUGGCAUUAGUCACUUCACUACACUAAUGCAGGCCACAAAUCAUACAAACCCCAUUAAAAUAGCACUUAAUGGCAGUAUUGGACUAGAGAACCAUAUAUCAUUACAGGUAACACCACCCGAAGAACCCACGCCGAUACUAGGAGUACCUUGUAUUGUAGCUGGUGGAGCUGGCGGUGGCAUAAAUCCUUCAGCGCUGGGUGGCUCCUCAUUGGUCAGCGGCUCAAAUUUGGCAAUCAAUACAGCUGAUCUAGGCAACAAUUCGCCACUGCAGGUUCCACAAGAUCAGACGCAAGCCGCACAAAUGCAAUCCCCGCAACAUUUACAGGGUACAAUCGUAUGAUACAACCUAAUGUGGGGUCGCAGGCUCCGCUCUUCAAUAUCAAAAAAAAACAAGUGGAUAUAAAUUAUUAUAUUGUAUUGUAUUGUAAGU